AUGUCGAUCGUGAUUUCUGGAUUCAGCGUGAUUGUAAUCACAUCUGCCAACAAGGUCGAAGUUAUCUUUAAAUGUCGGAAUAUUCGAAUUGAUAUUUCGUCCACCGGUCUAUUUUAUCUUUGUCUUUCGAACGGGAAUCUUUCGAACUCAUCAAAGGAACAUCGUGGAUAUAAUCAACGAUGUUAG